AUGCACGCCCUCAACCCACUACGGACAAGCUUACCUCGCUCGUGGCCGUCUGUACGGACUUUCACUACCACAUCUGUCAGAAGCCAAGCGGUCACGACAUACUCACAAACACAGAAAAAACCGAUCGGUGGGUUUCGAGGAGGUCUUAUAGGAUUUCUCCUAGGCUUGACUGUCGCAGGAGGAACAGGAUAUUAUUAUCUAUUUGACGAUUACCAUGCAGCAUCAAACUUACUACUUAGUGUUGUUGAAGAACUACAAAAAUCGACUAAUAAGGUGCGAGAUUAUACGAGUAAGAUCGAGCGUAUCGAUGCGGAAUUGAAAACUUUGCAGGAGAAGAGUGUAACAAGAGAACAAUUGCUGGACUUGAGAACCGAAGUCAAGAAGUUAUAUGACGCUCUCAAUAUACAACAGCUUGAGCUAAAAAAUCGUGUCUGGACCUUGGAACAAGAUCUCAGUAGAAUUGAGAAUUUUGGAGGCCAGCGUUAG